AUGUACGGCGUCGUCCCUUGCUUCUUCUCUCUCGACAAUUCCGCGUCUCUCUCUGCUGUCUUUCCUCGUUUGAACCAUCCUCUCUCCUUCUCUCUCGUGGGAACAUUGUUUGGAGCAGUCACAGGAGCUUUAAUAGGUCAAGAAACAGAGAGUGGUUUCAUCCAAGGAGCUGCGGUUGGAGCCAUAUCAGGAGCUGUUUUCUUGAUUGAAGUCUUUGAGUCAUCUCUUGUUCUCUGGAAAUAUAAUGAGUCACGUUUCGGUUGCCUCCUCUACUUGACUUGUACGAGAUUGAAAGAGAUGAAUCUCUCCGUAUGGGAGCUGUGGAUGCAAUUUUCGAUGAACUCUAGUAUCUUUGACACUGGUGGCUCAAAGGGAUUAACAGGAGAUGUGGUUAAUAAAAUUCCCAAAAUCAAAAUCACUGGCAAAAACAGUUUAGAUGCUGCUUCUGGCAACAACGACUCUUGUUCUGUUUGUCUUCAGGAUUUUCAGAUUGGUGAAAUGGUAAGAAGUUUGCCACAAUGUCAUCACAUGUUUCCUGUAGGAACUUUAAGUUGUUGAUGUUUAUGUAAGGGAUAAGGUUGAGUCCCACCAAUAAUCAACUCAUUUAACAAAAACCCUUAACUUAGUCCCUAAACAUAAAAAUAAUACUAAACAAUGUUAAGGGCUCUAAAACAAAUCCCUCUGAUAAUGUUGCUUAAGCACAACAUACAUCGGACGUAUAC